AUGCUAUUUGAUUUGUUUAGUCUGUUUGGAGAAAGACCGUCGUGGGCGUUGCAUCCAAGAAGGUUUGAGGAGUCAAGCGCAAACAACUUCGGGGGAAAGGUGAUAGUACCCCAGUCAGUGCUUGUUGAUCUAGUGUCGUUCCAGAUCCAGCCGCCAUUUACAUUUGAGAUUUCGCACUCGAACGGCAUUUACAAGACGCACUGUGGGGUCAUUGAGUUUACAGGCACUGAGGAUGAGGUUGUUGUGCCUUCGUGGAUGUAUCAGCAGCUAUACAUGGAAGACUCUGGCAAGGUUGUCCUGAAGCACAAGGUGUUUCCUGUCGGAAGGUUUGCAAAGCUGCUUCCACAUUCAACAGACUUUCUCGAGGUGGAGAAUCCAAAGAUCGAGCUAGAGUCAUGCCUAAGGCAUUACCAAGUGCUGUCUGAAGGAGAUGAGAUUCUUUGCCUGUUUGAUGAGGUUGGGCCCAUCAGAUUCACUGUUGCAUGCAUAGAGCCAGCAAGCUGUGGAAUAUACAUUGUUGAUACAGACCUUGCUGUGGACUUCCUGGAGCCAAUUGGGUUUAAAGACAAGAUCGAGCGAGAAAAAUCGGUCAGGAAAUACAUCGAGAUUAUACACACCGAUCACAAGGUAAAGCCAAUCAGAAUGACAAGGCUUGGGCUGUAUUUGCAGAAGCCGGUACAGGACGAUCAUUAG